ACCUGAAAUCUAUUCCUAUUAUUUCCUUGAAAGGAGCUGAAGAAUGGCUCAAAGGCCAAAGGUGUAUAUUUAUCAUUGACCAUAGCUUUUGGCUCAUCUUGUAUGGACAAAUUCAAAGGAAAUUUCGAUUAUUGCACUUAUAAGGUGUGCUUCAAAUAUAUAAAGAAGGAGCUUUCGCCCUUUUCUUGAAGACAUUUCUUAGAAUUUCUGUACGCUUUCACUCCAUUUUUAUCCCUCAACCCACCCUCUUUCUAAAAUAUACCAUACCCCCUAUACCAUCAUUUAUCCAUCUAUUUCAUCAAUAGCAUCUAACAAAUAUAUAUCACCAGUUGGACAAGAACAAGAAAAGAAAAACAAAAUGUCAAAAAAAAUCAUAGGAAAUCUAAUUCAUCUCAAACAGCAGGAUAGAAUCGGCUGGAUCGGUCUCGGCGAGAUGGGCUAUAACAUGGCCAACAACCUUCAACGAUAUCUGACCUCACGAUCGCUGACGAUGACUGUUUGGAACCGCACUCCUGCCAAGGCUGCAAAGAUGCACCACCAUGGUGCUCGCGUUGCCAAAUCCCUUGAGGACCUAGUAGCACAGAGCAACAUCAUUUUUACAUCUUUGAAGAACGAUGAGGCAGUCGAGGAGAUCUAUGAGAUCUUGAUUGACCUCGCUGGCCAGGUCGACCAUUCUAUUAUCUUUGUGGAGACAUCUACUAUCUACCCUACUCUCGCAACCAAGCUCAAGGAACGACUUGCAGUCACGCCACAACACACAUACCUCCAAUGCCCCGUCUUUGGUCGCCCCUCCAUGGCCAAGGCAGCAAAGUUGAUCUGGGUCACCAGCGGCGAUGAAAAGGCGAUCAAGAAAUUAUGUUUAUAUUUUACCACGAUGUCCAGAAGUAUUAUCCACCUCAAGACCACGGAUGUAGCACGUGCAUGCUCCUUCAAGUUAAUCGGAAACUUUUUUGUCGUCGGCACUAUGGAGUUAUUGGCAGAAGGUUUGACAUUGGCAGAAAAGGCAGAGGUCGACCAAGAAUCCGUACUCAAGUUUAUUGAAGCUUUCUUCCCUGCCCCCAUGUGGACUGAAUGCAGUAAAAGGAUGACCCAGAGUUCUCGUGUUCUGAGCAAAGACCUUGGAUUCUCGGUCGAACUCGGGCUAAAGGACGUAGGUCAUAUGCGGCAAUUGGCACAGGAAACGGGUGCCUCGCUUCCCACUGCCGAUUUAGCUUACAACCAUCUAACCCAAGUGAAGGAACAAGGAAAGGGCGCUUAUGACUGGAGUACUAUGAUCAGCGCUCUACGCAUUUCACCAGCACCAUCGAGACGGACAUCUGAGGAGUCAAGGACACCACAGAGAAUAGGAGACGAAGACCAUGAUGAUGCUGAAGAUGAUCAAGCAGAUAUUGGACUCAAGAAGAAUUUCAGUCCUCCAGCAUACGAUGCUUAACGAUCUUUAGCAUCAAAAAGGAGGAAAAAAAAAAAUGAAAAAAGAAAAAGAAAACCCC